GACCAUUUACAGAACAGGAAUGACCGGAAACAGAUAAGACAACAGCAACAACACACUGGUCAAUGGCUAACUACACGAAAUUGAAUAGAUAAUCUAACAACAAAAUUGUAUAUGUUACUUUACUCUACUUUUUAACGAAAAGAAAGACUGGUAGGGCACACUUCUACGUUCUACAUAACAAAAGACCCAGUAAGGAGUCAGUAUGUUCAGUUUUUUCGGACAUCGCAAUAAAGACUCUUCCAAGAAGUCAUCGUCAGAGGGCAGUACAGAUGGGUUCGUGAUAAUAGGGAGUCCUAAAGUCAUUGCAGGAGAAACUGUGGAAGAACAGAGGAAGAAGAUCCAGAACGCUAACAUCGGCAAACCAUCAUGUAACGUUAUUGUGCAACCAUCAAAGUCCUCCAGUACGACACCUACCCAGGCCCACCACUCUCCAGCCCCUGCUCCACCUUCAGUGAUCGCCCCAUCACCAGGGCCUAUGUGGAAGCCCCCCGCGCCCAUAGUGGAGGCAGCCCCGUCUCUCCCAGAGCUACUAGGAGAUGUCCCAUUCACCCUGGCCCCCCAUGUCCUGGCCAUGCAGACAGGGGGUCCUGGGUUCCCCCUCUUCUCUGAGAUGCUGAUGUCCCCCCAAGACAUCCACCACAACCUGGCCUCCUUCACCUACGACUUCACCCUGGAGAACUCUGUGCUCGGUGACCAUUGACCUGUAGAUGGUCUACUUGCUGACUAUGACCGCUGACCUUUUGAUCUUUCAAUCUCCCUUCCAAUACCAGCCCUAUGUCAACCCUGGGUCGUGUUCAUUGGGCAGUAAACAGAUAAAUGUACUGAAACAAGGCGGGACUACCUGGGCUUGUCCAAUAAGAAAGGCACAUGUUUGUUUUUCUUUCCAAAGUGUUUAGCUACGUUUGCCCUACUGAACACUACCUUGGACUGUCUUGGCUCGUUACCAUUCAGUUCUAGUUUCAGUUCUAUAGGCUCUGUCUGAGAAUGGUAGUACUAUAAUUAAUGGUAAACCUGGUUCUGGUGAUGAACAGAGUUAGAAAACAGGUGUGAGUCAGGUGGGGUCAGAACUGCACCUGCUGGCAGUGAUGUAGGUUACACACAGUAUGUAGGUAGAUGGGUACGCAGAGUUCCACCAUUAAGAUUGUAGACUACUAGAUCAAGGCGAAUCACUUUCUGAUGUGCAUGUCAUAGUAGUGCUGGUUCACUGUUUUCAGAACUGUGUGUAUCAGAAGAGCGCUAGCUUCAUGUCUGAUUGGCAUGCUUCAUCAUAGCUUUGUGUUUUCAUUUCAACAGUGUCUGGGUCUGUAGAUUCACCUGUUGUUGCUGUUAGUUUAGAAGUCACUGAUUGACCUUUGGGUUUGCACUAAUGUACAGAUGAGACAGAUUUCAGAUAGUUUUCAAAUCUUAAAGGAAAUUACACGCAUUAUAUUCUUUAUCUGGUUACGAUUUUGUUUUCUUUCUCUGCUGUCCUCACUUUUGCAAAUGAAGUUAAGAACGCUUUAACAAGACAUUUGAAAAAAAACAUUUGUGUAGCAUAAGCAUUUCUAUAGAGGAACUAUGUAGCUUUUUGAUGACCUAUUUUAAAAUGUUAGAAUAUAUAUCCCCUAUUUUUCAACAUGUAUUAUUAGGACUCACUCGAUAUGGUGACUCUUAUGUGGCCUUUCUCUUGAUCAUCAUCAGCAUGGCUCUAAUGAACGCAUCAUGUGUUGUAACUUCCCAAACGUUGUAUUUAUUGUUAUUUAUUCUGAACAAACCACGUUUCCCCCCAGUCUUCAUGGCACAGUUUAGAUUUGACAGUAUUUCAUGGUAUCCUGUCACGUAUACUGCAUUCAUUGCACACUGGUGAACAAAUUAUCUUGUGAACGCAUGCGUUCAGUUGCCUCUGACUGCUGUACAAAUGUGAGAGGGCAAAAAAAUGCCAAUUAUAUUUAGUUAAAAUACUUUUUAGGACUAAUUUUAAGUAAACUCCUUAUGAGUUAACUCCUAAGACAACCACUCAAGAACCUGAAAAGAUGGCUCAUAAGUUGCUGUUAUUAUCAGUGCAAUGUUGUGGUAUUCCACAUGUGAAAUCAUCCAUAGAGGCUGCAUUUACACACGCAGCCAAAUUAUUCUUUUAUUUGAUCAGUUCUUUUGCCAAUAAUUGUGCAAGAAAAUCUGAAUUGGGCUGCAUGUGUAAUCGUGGCCUUACUACUGCAUACAUUAUGAAAUAUUUGGGAUUUACCCUUUCUGGACAAUCCUUUGCUGUGUAUACCUGGAAACCAAGUGUAUUUAUAUCUGUGUGAUAAACGAUACUGUGGAUUUC